AUCUUUUUGGGAUGCUUCGCGACCCAUCACAAAUUCACGGGUUGCCGAUGAAACAAACAACUUGUUGAACAAAGCGAAUCUCCUUCCUAUUAUCUUUGUUGGUUCUUUGUCUCUGUAUUGGACUCUUCUAUUAUCAAGACAUCAUGAAGCUUUCUCCCUGCCGCCUCGGGCUCUUGGCAGUCGUCAUUGCCCAGCUGGCAACGAAUUCAGUCUAUUGUUUUUCGGCCAGCAACGUUCCUUUCAAGUCCAGCAGUGGCCAGGGCAAGUCGGAUGAUGAUGGAGGAUCUACUAGUACGACCAGCAAACAAGAAGGUGGUGAUUCUUUCAUUUUUCGCCAUUUCAACAAUGUUGCCACGGAUAUUGACGAUAACUUGUGUCCUCCGUCUCUCAAGACUAUUCUCAAGAACAUUCGGCAACUGACCCAUCAGGGCUCCGACAUUCGAGGCAGUGUAGUGGAUCAUCCUCGUGUGGGACGCCUCUCGCGUGUGAGCAAAGCCAUUGACGAGCAACAACUAAAUGAUGGAAUUCCUGCAUUGACGCCAUUUGCGGCAUUUUGUCUGGGACAUGCUUUUGGACAAAUGGUCUUGCAACAAACCGAUAGCGACAAUCCAACCAUUGCCGUCGGACGCGAUCCUCGUCCUCAUGGAAGCAUGUUGUGCGAUGCCUUUGCGCGUGGAAUUCAAUCCGUCGACGGCGACAGAAUUCGAGUGGUGUACACGGGAGUGGCCACCACUCCUUCCAUGUAUCACUUCUGUCGAGCCGGCUUGUGCGAUGGUGCUGUAAUGGUAACAGCCUCCCAUUUGCCAAUUGAUCGAAAUGGAUUCAAGCUCUUUACUCGCUCGCAAGGAGGAUUCACCAAACAUCAUGUCCAGCAAAUGAAUCAAUUGGCAGCCGACUUUGCUCAACGGUGGCACGAUGUACAAGGCAUGUUGCCACCCACUUCAGGAGGAGAGGGAGUGUUCUGCAACGAAUGGGUAGAUUUCUUGCCUCUUUAUGCGUCUUCUCUGCAAGCUGCCAUUUGCAAGGAAGUCCAAACAACAAGCACCAAACCACUAGAGGGACUGAAGAUUGUACUCAACUCGGGAAAUGGAUCAGGAGGAUUUUUCAAUAGGGUAUUGGCAGGACUUGGUGCCGAUGUUUCCGCUUCCAUGCACGUGGAACCUAAUGGAGACUUUCCCGCAGGGAUUCCCAAUCCAGAAAAGAAAGAAAUGAUUGCCGAUACUGUGGCCAUUUGUGAAGACGUGGGGGCUGACUUGGGAAUACUGUUGGAUACUGACGCUGAUAGGAGUGGCUUCAUUGUUCCUGUUCGUGACGGCGACAAGACAUCCUAUGAGCCACUCAACCGCAAUCGUUUGAUUGCCCUCUUGUCUGUCAUUUUCAGUCGCACAUCGCCAGGAUGUGCCGUUGUCACAGACUCUGUGACUUCCGAGGGGUUGGCUCAAUUCCUUGAGGACGAUCUUGGCUUGCAGCAUGUGAGGUACUUGAAGGGAUAUGCCAAUGUCAUUGGAAAGGCACAAGAGCUGACGGAAAGUGGAAAAGCCAAUGCUGAAAUGGCUAUUGAAACCAGUGGACACUGUGCCAUGAAGGAAAACGGGUAUUUAGAUGAUGGAACCUACACAGCUGUCAAGGUGAUUGGACUUUUGGCUAGGGAGAAGAUGACCAACAAUGGCGCAGAUCUAUUGGGCUUGAUUGCAGCAAUGAAGGAGAUGCCAGAAGAAGCCGAGAUCCGAAUGAAUGUGUCCGAUGGGUCCUUGGAAACCAUGGCGGGUGUGUUUGAGUUGGCCCGUACAUCCAUUGAAACCUCGUGCCAAGCGGAGUCCAUGUCUUGGACUCUGGACACUGACAAUCUAGAAGGCAUUAGAGUUCGCACUGGCAAUGGCGGAUUCUUCAUGUUGAGAAAGAGUUUGCACGACCCCCUGAUCAGUCUGCAAAUCGAAGCGGAAAACAGGGAAGAAGCACGCGAGAAUGUCGCCAGUCCCUUGUUGAAGCUCUUUCAAGAAAAUGAGAGCAUCAGCAACCUUAUGGAGACCCAGAACUUGCAAGACUACUAGAUACGGUAAUGCAUGGGUUGGUAUUCAAGAAGGAGCUAAGCUUUCGGUGCUCUCGUAGGUGGGACGAGGUCCACUGCAGCUUGAAGCAAAGGCGACGAUGACAAUCUAUGAGCUUCAUCCGAUGACAACGUUUGUCUAGAGCUAAUUGCACCCUUAGGAAGAAAGUGAAAGUUAUGCUUUGCAGCAGCAUUGGUCGAGUACAGUGAAUGCUUUGCCGCGUCGAGCUAGAGAGCAGUUUCUGUGGUUUUAUGAUUGGAUCGAAUCAUUCUAUUCACGAGAGAGCUUUAUUUGAUGUUAUCGCUAUCUAGUAGCGGUCUUUCUCUCGUCUAUCGUCUUUGUCGAUUGAUCAUGUAAAAGUGUAAAAGAUGUAGCGGUUACGUCUCUUUUGUUUCUGCCCAGCUGCUUGCAUCGAAUUGCUGUGUAGCGUAUCCGUCAUACCUUCCGUAGAUAGAUCUUCUUGCAAUCGGUAGCACCGGUUUCUAGCUAGUCAACUCGAAAUCUGACUCUUUUCUCCGGCGGAUGAAACAAGCCGGAUAACAGCGAUUUGCUGUAAUCGUAGUAGUAGCUGUAGGGAUCAGUUCCUUCUUGCUUGGUGGACGUCGAUCGCCGAAGCACCUUUUGCUUGCAUACGAGACUUUCUCUUUUCCUUCCAAACUCACGAAUAGCUUGCUCGUUCUGCUGGUUCAUUUUGACGUAUCGAGCCAAUUCUCGGCUCAAGCCGCACUUCCUAUCUCCCAGUGUAAUUUUCUUGAGUUGAACCUGUAUCUGGAGCAUGUCAAUCAUUGCACGUCGAAGACCACUGAUGUAAUCGCUUUCCCUACUUGCACCCCAUUCUCCCGGGAAAUGGAGACACCGAAGGCUGCUGGAUUGAAUAUUGUUGGUCAGGUCUUUCGCAAGUUGGAUCACUUGACGGCAAUUCUUGACUUCAAGUGUGAAGUCUUGCAGCGACUGGGUUUUGCAUAACAUCCGUCCAAUGUAUGCGAUGCUCUUUCUGGUGAGCCUGUGUUUCAGUAUCUUGAGUUCUUUCAAGGCACAUGAAGGGUCUUCAAUGGCCAAAGCCAACAAGCAAAUUGUAUUCGUUUUGAAAUCUGGCAUUUCCUCCAAGGUCAGAGACCUCACUUGAGGCAACAAUGGGAAAAGACACUGGCAGUUCCAUACAAUACCCACCGGGGCAAGCUUCGUCCUUGCCAGCGAAACAUGUUCGAGCGUCGGGAUAGUCGCCAGACCACGAAUCAAUGGAUCGAGCGCAAUGGUGGGAUCUUCGAAUUCGCAGUCCUCCAACCUGACGCUCCGCAACGAACAGAGACGAAGUGAUUCUACGAACACCAAGUAGUCUUUGAUGUCUCCUGUAAGCUUGAUCGUGUCCAAAUGCAAGCUAUCCAACCGAACAGAGGGAUUCCUAAGGAGAGCCUUGAGAGCCUUGAUGGGCAAUUUGUUCUUGUCCAUGAGACUUGAGACUCGUAGACUGGUCAUGGUAGAGUAGCCUGCCAGUAUUGCAAACAACAUGAGGCACUCUGUUUCCGACAUGUUUUCAAAGAACUCGACUACUAUGGUUGUCGCCGUUCGAUGUUCCCAGAGGGCAUCCAUGCAGUCGCCAAGGUCCCCUCGAAGGACGAGCUCCCCAUUACGUUCUACACAGUUCAGGAUCCCUGUCAUGAUGAUAAUGGUAACAGUGGCUGAUAAAGGAACAAGUCCACUAUCUAUUUGGUUGCUCAAUUAUUAGGGAAUAAAAUAAGACUUGGAGUGCGUUCAGUGAGUGUGAAUAGCGUAUUUGAGUUGUUGUGCAGCUACAUCCUUGCAUGUCCAACAUCCCGGGAGCAGGUCUUAUCUCAUAAACUAUGAAUCUCGAAUUGGCCAACGGCUUGUUUUUUGGGUGUGAAACCGGAAGCGCCUUCACAGCUGGCGUUCUGGGGCGUACACCAAGUGAUAUACUCCAGGGUAUCAUGUUUCGCUGGGAAGCAGUGUGGUCCGAAGAGUAAGAAGGAUCGCUGCCAGUUCUGCAAGUUGCAAGGUGCAUCAAAAACAUUUGUGAGUAGCGGAAUCCUACGUGAGACGGUGCGCGCUUCGUUCUCCGCUUGUUCGGCUUGUAUUCUUCAUCGUCGUCAUCUCCAUCUACUUUUAAGCCUUUAGGUACACCUUUUUCCCCGCCACUGGAUUAUGUCAGUCAUGGCAUGAUUCGCUUCACAUUUUGAUGUUGGACAUCACCUCUCAUGCUGACAGAUAUCCCCAGCACAUCUACUAAUAGAGACACCCUAGCAACACUUUGAGAUAUGGAAUACAUAAUUUGGACGUGCCGGUCGCAGUGGUGGUAGUGGCUUGUUCAUUUGGUGGCUAUGGGAGCAACGAAUGGCAGGCAAAGUAGGGCUGCCAUU